AGUGGUUGCGCUCCCGCUGGUGGCUCUCUUUCUUUAGCCGCCCACACUGUGGCUGCCGUCCCGAGCCAUGGUCUGCCGAGCUCUCCUGCUCCUGACUUUCCUAUCACUCGGGGCCGCCACAACCAUCCGGCCUAGGCUAAAGACCCUCGGCAGCCUGCACUUGUCAACUAAUCCCACACCCGACCCUGCUGUAGCCAGUAAAUACUCAGUUCUUUACUUCCAACAGAAGGUUGACCACUUUGGAUUUUUUGACACAAGAACUUUUAAACAGCGGUACCUAGUUGCUGAUAAACACUGGCAGAGAGAUGGUGGAUCUAUACUUUUCUACACUGGUAAUGAAGGGGACAUUGUCUGGUUUUGCAAUAAUACGGGGUUCAUGUGGGAUGUGGCUGAGGAGCUGAAGGCUAUGCUGGUGUUUGCUGAACAUCGAUACUACGGGGAGUCCCUUCCCUUCGGUCAGGACUCCUUCAAGGAUUCCAAACACUUGAAUUUCCUGACAUCAGAACAGGCUCUAGCUGACUUUGCAGAGUUAAUCAGACACUUGAAAAAAACAAUCCCAGGAGCUAAAGAUCAACCUGUCAUCGCCAUUGGAGGUUCUUACGGCGGCAUGCUCGCAGCCUGGUUCAGGAUGAAAUAUCCUCACAUGGCCGUUGGAGCCCUUGCUGCUUCUGCCCCUAUCUGGCAGCUGGAUGGGAUGUCUCCCUGUGGUGAAUUUAUGAAAAUCGUAACUAAAGAUUUCAGUAGAAGUGGUCCACAAUGUUCAGAAAGUAUCCGCAAAUCCUGGAGUGUCAUUAACCAACUCUCAAGUACAGGCAGUGGUCUCCAGUGGCUCACGAACACUCUUCAUCUAUGUAGCCCCUUGACUGCUGAGAAAAUCCCAACUUUAAAAGGAUGGAUAGCAGAGACCUGGGUGGACCUGGCCAUGGUGAACUACCCUUAUGCGUGCAACUUUUUGCAGCCUUUGCCUGCUUGGCCCAUCAAGGAGGUGUGCCAGUAUUUGAAAAAUCCUAAUGUAUCUGAUACAGUGCUGCUGCAGAAUAUUUUCCAAGCUCUGAAUGUAUAUUAUAAUUAUUCAGGCCAAGCAGAAUGCCUGAAUAUUUCACAAACAGCUACAAGCAAUCUCGGCUCCAUGGGCUGGAGCUUUCAGGCCUGCACAGAGAUGGUCAUGCCCUUUUGUACUAAUGGUGUUGAUGACAUGUUUGAACCCUUUCUGUGGGACUUGGAGACAUAUUCCAAUGAUUGUUUUAACCAGUGGGGAGUGAAACCACGGCCUUAUUGGAUGACUACCAUGUAUGGUGGCAAAAACAUCAGUUCACACUCAAACAUCAUUUUCAGCAAUGGUGACUUAGACCCGUGGUCAGGAGGUGGAGUAACCGAGGACAUCUCAGACACCCUGGUGGCUAUCAACAUCCCUGAGGGGGCCCAUCAUUUAGAUCUCCGAGCCCACACUGCCUAUGAUCCUCCCUCUGUGCUCCUAACUCGCUUAUCGGAAGUUAAACACAUGAAGAAAUGGAUUGCAGAUUUCUAUAGCGAUGCCAAAUGAGCAACUUUUAAAAAUUAAUUUUUGGUUUUCUUCUUUUACAUUCCUUUCACCCACAUACCCGUUCACUUUUGUUUUCUUUUUUUCUUUUUUUCUUUCUUUCUUUCUUUUUUUUUUUUUUUAUGUAACUACUUUCUCUCAUUUGUCCUAUUUGUUGGUCCAAGGUGGAGCCACAAGAGAGCGGCAGGGGUGGGCACAGCCCACACCCAGGUGACUGCUCCGGCCUCACUGUCUUUGUGCCAUCAUGACAGCUCGCAGGCCAUCAGAGCUGGCAUAGCUCCUCAGUGCCUUUCACCAGGGGGCGAGCACUUCUCCCAGCAGCAGGGAGGUCUCCUUGGUUGAGGCUGAAGUCUCUCUGGCCCAUUAGAAGUCCCCACUCCUGCCACAAAAGGGCAAGCAGGAGCUGGAUUCCAAGUGCUGCAGCUGCAGCUGGUAGAAUGUGGGAUGCCAAUCCAGGAGACAGAGGGGCGCAGGGUGGGGGGUGGGGAUGGGGGUGGGGGGGUGGCGUCCUGUGAGCUCAGCGAGUGACUCUGAACUGGACUGCAUUAAAGAGCAAGGCAGAGACCUACCUGUGUGUUGCUCCAGCUGUAGGGAGGUCAGUGUGCCUGGGCUGGCUGCUUUUGGAAAGUCCUUGCUCUAUCUCUUUCCCACUUGGCAGCUCUCCUGAGUUCUGGGAUAUCUGCCACCGUGCUACUGCCAGGAAGGGAUCUGGCCCUCUCCGGCUCUCUUUGUUUACAAGGUCAAUUUUGUGUUGGUCUGCCUAGUUCUGCCAAUUUAGUAAAAGUGCCGUUUUUUAUUUUUACUUUAAAACUGAACAAAUUCUGUUAAUAAAAAAAAAUCCUUUAAAAAUUGACAAACAA